GUAUCCCCAUGCAAAAAAGUCUAGGGGAGUGAGGUCUGGAGACCUUGAGGGGUAUUCAAAAGCAUUCCCCCUGUGACCUAUCCACCGUUCUGGAAAUUCAUUAUCCAGAUAGGCACGGACAUUUGAGUGAAAACGUGGAGGUGCACCAUCCUCUUGAAAGUACAUCAAUGUAUAUAGAAACAGGUUUCUUAUUGUGGGAACUGCAUCAUUCAUUAACAAUUCAAGAUAACUCUGCCCAGUAACAGUAUCAUUGAAUCUGUAAGGUCUGAUUAUCCCAUGAGAGGAGAGUCCCAUCCACACACUAAACCCUGGCAGUAACUUGGUUCCAGAACCCGUGACGAGAGAGUUUGUCAUGUCAAAGAAAAAUUGAUGAAAAAGCCCCUUUUUUUUAGCUCAUUAAUAAGGCUGUAGUGGUGUUACGCUGCAGUAAUUAUGCAUCAAAGAAAGGUUUUACAAAUAUUACUUCAUUUUCGACACCAGAAUUUGCGAUAUUUUUGUUCUUUACCAGCAACAAUGAAAGUAUGGCAGACCUACAAAUAUGGAGGCCCUGAAGAGUUGGUAUUUUGUGACACUGCACAUGUGCCAUUCAUUUCCAAACCAAAUGAUCUGCUUGUCCAGAUACAUGCUGCAAGUGUUAAUCCUAUAGAUGUGAGAAUGUUGGGUGGUUAUGGAUCAGUGGCAAUUGGAACAUUGAAAAGACUCUGUGACUUCCCACAAGAUCCUGCAGAAUUUCCACUUACCUUUGGAAGAGACUUCUCUGGUGUGGUUAUAGAUACAGGCCGUUCGGUUAAGAAUUUCAAGCCUGGGGAUGAGGUCUGGGGAGCUCUUGGAGCUCAGAGGCAAGGAACUCAUGCCGAGUUUGUUUUGGCAGCUGAUUCAAGUGUAUCCCACAAACCAAAGAGUAUCAGCCAUAUAGAAGCAGCAUCAAUACCAUAUGUUGCUGCCACAGUCUGGUCAGCUCUUUGUGUUGUUGGAGAGCUUAGAAGAGAUACAGCAAGAGGAAUGAGGUCGUUAGUAUGUGCGGGCUCAGGAGGAAUUGGUACAUUUGCUAUUCAGCUACUGAGAGCAUGGGGAGCUCAUGUGACUACCACAUGCAGUACAGAAGCUGUUCACUUAGUGACACAGCUUGGAGCAGAUGAAGUUAUAGACUACAGUACCCAAAAUGUUAUGGAGGAGUUAAAGAUGUUGAAAGGGUUUGAUAUUAUCCUCGAUUCCAUAGGACAAGAAAAUGCAGAUUUUUAUCUCGACUUACUGAAAAGUUGGUCCAACAGUAAAUAUGUAACCAUAGUGCCACCUUUCUUGAUGAAUACUGAUAAGUAUGGUGUGAUUGGAGGUACCCUAUUGUCAUUAGUGCAAGCAUCUUUGGAUACUGCAAAAGGCUUGAAAGAUGGCCGUAGUUUGAGGUGGGCUCUAUUUGCUCCCAGUGGUUGUGUUUUAAAAACUAUUAGUCAGAUGGUGGAUAACGGUGAGAUUACUCCAGUUGUAGAAAAGGUAUUCCAGUUUCAAGAUACUCCUGAUGCUUACAGAAAGCUGCAAGAGGGUCAUGCUCGUGGAAAAACUGUGAUUUCAGUGAAAAACACUGCUUAACACACUGGUUUAAUUAAAUUAAGACAACAUCUGUUUUUAUUUUAUCAGAUAGAAAUAAGUACAGUAAAAGCAUUUAAUAAUUACCAUGUUACUUGUGUUUUUAAAUUAAUAACAAAACUUUUUUUUUCUGAUGUGUAUUUUUUAUAUUGGUAUUGAAAAUCAAUUAAGCUACUGAAAUCUUACAAGUCAUAGUAAAAGUUUUGUUUUUAAUGAUUAUAUGAGUGAAUGCUAGAAAGAUGCUUUGUAAAAGUAGAAAGAAUGCUGUCGUCAAAAAAUAAUUGAUGUAAUAAAUAAGUAGUUUGAAUAGUU